AGCCUGUGGUGCUGCUGCACUUCCUCAUUGUCAGAAAUAGUUAAGUGCUCCACAGUCUUGCGACGCUUUCUGGCUGAAAUACCACACAAGCGCGCUUUGUUUUAUAUCACCUCUGUGCCUCGCAAAUGUCGAAGCCUCCUCCCAAGCCGGCCAAGCCAGGCCAAGUCAAAGUGUACAGAGCCAUGUUCAACUUUGACCCAAGAACGCCAGACGAGCUGUACUUUGAAGAAGGAGACAUCUUGUACAUCUCUGACUCAACUGACUCUAACUGGUGGAAGGGGACGUGCAGAGGAAAGACUGGACUCAUUCCAAGUAACUAUGUGGCUGAACAUGCAGAAACUAUUGACAAUCCUAUGCAUGAAGCAGCCAAACGAGGUAACCUGUGCUGGCUGAGGGAAUGUGUGGAGAACAAGGUUGGAAUCAAUGGGCUGGAUAAGGCUGGAAACACCGCCCUCUACUGGGGAUGCCAUGGAGGACAUAAAGAUGUGGUGGAGCUGCUGCUUAGCCAGCCGAAUGUGGAGCUCGAUCAACAGAAUAAACUCGGGGACACAGUGCUGCACGCUGCUUGCUGGAAGGGUUAUUCUGACAUUGUGCAGAUGUUGCUGGCUAAGGAUCCAAGGACAGACAUCAGGAACAACGAGAACAAGCUGGCUGUUGAGAUGGCCACAAACCCCAUGUGUGCUUCACUUCUUAGAAAGAAGCAGGGAGGCAACAUCACCCGCACACAGAGCAACGCCGAGGAGUAUUUGGACGACGAAGACUCGGACUGAGCCAGAUGUGUCAAAAGAUUCCUCGUCUUCCAACGGGUUUUGGACGGGCAGGGAGGGGGGAGCUGGAGUUUUUCUACAGACAUCAAAUGGACAUGUUGUUCUCUUUCCAAUUGUAAUUCAUUUUGGUUCCAUUAUUUUGUGCAAACACC